CCGCGCAAUUAUUUGAAUGACGGAAGAAACAAACUUGUUAUUUGAAAGUGUCUAAAACUAGUCAGGGAACUGCACGUCAACAUCUGCAGCCUGGCUCUGGAUCCUGACACCGUACUGACUGAUUUUUCGGCGGAUUGAACCGAUGGAACAGCAGGAGCAGGUGGAAUGGGAUGACCUGAACAGACUUCUGCGGCAUCGUGGUUUCAAACCGGUGUUUUUUGCAGAUCCUACUGAGAAUAAAAAUCUUGCAGAUUUGGUGCUUCUGGACAAGAAGUCAGCGGUUGAGGUGAGGACCACUCUGAGGAUGAUGCUCACAGACUCAGAGAGGUGGCAGGACCUUAUCCAGGAGCUCGUCCAGUCCAACAACCAGCUCAAAGUGGAAGUUCAGGAGCACAUGAGCCGAGCAGCUCAGCAGUCUCAGAGGGCCACGGAGCUGGAGGAACUGCUGGACAAGGUGAAGACCAGAGUCCAGGAUCUGGAGGACCGCUACCUUGGCAAGGCAGUCCAGCAGCUGGGCAGCCGCACACAGCAGCUGCAGCAAGAAAACCAGGAAGCACAGAGACAGUGCAAGAUUCUUGAGCACAAGCUGUCUAAACAGAAGGAGGAGGCAGCCCAGCUUCAGAGGAAACUCUAUUUCAUCACCAAAGGAGAAGAGCGCCGAUUGGCUCUGCAGCAUCAAACUUUUCAAAACAUCUGUAGGAAAAUGAGCCGGCAGAGCUCUCCUGCAGAUCAGCAAGUGCUGGAUGUGAUUGACUUCUAUGAGACUAAAAUGACUCUUCUUCUGGACGAGCUCAGCUUGCAAAAAGAAGACAGCACAGCUGAGAUUAGUGCGACCAUCAGUGACCAAGCCAAGGAAGCCAGGUUGCGUGCCUGCUAUCACCAUCUGUUGAAUGAGAUCCAUGCAAUCAUAACUAAUCACAAAGCUCCCUUAAGACUGCACAGAAAGAAACACUCCACUACUGGCUUGGAGCUGUCUGACUUCCAGGAUCUCCCUUCUACACUGAGAGUGUGGGCACAGCAGCUUGAUCUACUGAAGGGUCUUCAGUGCAGUUUAAAUAAAUUGUCUGUCAGACUGAUGCCCUGGCAGCCGUGGGAUGGUGAUUGUAAUACAGAUGAAGUAGUGAAGGUCGAGAACAUGAUGUUGCUAGUAGACACCAUGCUGGAGAACGUCUCUGCUGAUGAUGAGGAGGUGCUCCGAAGCCCAACUCGAUACACUCUGGGCUCCAUGGUGUCUCAUUUCCAGAAGCUGUUUGAUGUUACCUCUCUAAGUGGAGUCUACCCCCGUAUGAAUGAAGUCUACACACGACUGGGAGAGAUGACCAAUGCCAUGAGGAACCUACGAGAUGUUCUGGACCUAGACAGUAGAGUUUCUCCUGCUGAGGUUGUGAACCAGGUGGCCAGACUGGUCUCCACGAGACACACAGCAGGAUUCCCGGACCUGCUGGGAGACGCUGACAUUGACAGCAUCGUCAUGAAAGUGAAACAGCACGACAAAUUCUUUCCUGCUUUCCAUGCUCUCUUUACAGAGAUCUUACACACUCUAGUGUGGUGCUUUGAAACAGCUGACAUCAUGAAAUUCUGAGCAGCAGUCAUUUACAGGGAUCAUUUCAGGAGUGAGCCACCUGGAUGACGUCCUUCCAGCUCUGAAGUCUUUGACAGAAACAGCACAGUGAGCUGCUGUUGUGUUUCGUUCAUUGUCCUGUGUGUGUGAAUUUUUGUUUUUAGUCAAACCUCUGGAUGAAUGUGGUGGGAUCACUGCUUGGCCUCUUCUCUAAUGACCUUUUAACCCAUGAGUAACCAUUACUACUUUGCUCAAAAAAAUGAAAAGGAAGACUUUGUAAACAUCAGAUGUCAAUAGGAAGAUAAUCAUGCUGAUAUCUAUUCUGAUAUGGACUGGUUAAUGUGUUAGGAAAGAAAGGAUGCGACAUUAUUUGAUGGAAAUUAGAAUUAUCAACCUACAGAGGGCUGAAUUCAAAGACACCCUGCAAAUCAAAGUGAAGAAAUGAUGCAGCCCCCACAUGCUUGCAUGCAUGCCUGGCAUGCUCCUAAUAAGAGGACAGAUGAUGUCCUGGGGGAUCUCCUCCCAGAUCAGCAUCAGGGCCUUUGAGCUCCUGUUGCCACCUGAUGGACCAAAACAUAAUGCCCCAGAAGUUUUCUAUUAGAUUUAGGUCAGGUGAGUGUGGGGGCCAGUCAGAGGUAUCAAUUCCUUCAUCCUCCAGGAGCUGCCUGCAUACUCUCACUGCAUGAGACCAGGCAUUGUCAUGCACCAGGAAGAAUCCAGGACCCACUGCACCAGCAUAAGGUCUGAAAGUGGGUCCAAGGAUUUCUCUCUAGAGCUCUCCUAGAGUUGCUGUACUCUGUGUAUGUUACAGGAGUGUCUCCUGGUACCUCCUCCAUGCUCUGUGACUGUGCUGGGAGACACAGCAAACCUUCUGGCAAUGGCACCUAUUGAUGAGCCAUCCUGGAGGAGUUGGACUACCUGUGCAGCCUCUGUAGGGUCCAGGUAUGAC